CUGAAACGCGGAAGAAGAGCGAAAAACAACAACAGCGGCAGCAGCAGACCUCUGGCUCGUGACGGUAGUUGACGAGAAGACAACAGAGCAGUUUAACGAUUAACUGUUCGGUAUCAGAAAGUACCAGCUGUUUGUGAACAGUUAAUCCACCCGUUCUUGUUUACAUUUAUUAACAAAAAUGUCGUUGUUUGGUAAGUUAUUCGGCGGCGGGGGUAAGGGAGGGAAAGCGCCGACACCCCAGGAGGCUGUCCAGCGACUCAGAGAAACCGAGGAAAUGUUGGCAAAAAAGCAGGAUUUUUUGGAGAAGAAAAUUGAACAGGAGCUCCUGACGGCGAAGAAGAACGGCACGAAAAACAAACGAGCGGCUCUACAGGCUUUGAAGAGGAAAAAGCGUUAUGAGAAGCAGCUGGCUCAGAUUGACGGGACAUUGUCUACCAUUGAGUUCCAGAGGGAGGCACUAGAAAACGCCAACACCAACACAGAAGUGCUCAAGAAUAUGGGCUUCGCCGCCAAGGCAAUGAAGGCUGCACAUGAAAAUAUGGACAUUGACAAAGUAGAUGAUCUGAUGGCGGACAUCACAGAACAACAGGAAGUGGCUCAAGAAAUCUCAGAUGUAAUUUCCAGACCGAUCGGAUUCGGAGACGAGUUUGACGAGGAUGACCUUAUGGCUGAGCUGGAGGAGCUGGAACAGGAAGAGCUCGAUCAAAAUCUUCUGGAAAUCAAAGGAGCUGAGGAUGUUCCAUUACCCAGUGUACCAUCUACAUCGCUACCAUCUAGACCAGCCAAGAAGAAGGAGGAAGAAGACGAAGACGACAUGGCAGACCUCGAGGCCUGGGCGGCUAACUAAGCUAGCUUGCCCUGCUAGCUAGCCAGUGCCCCUCUCCUGUUUGUCUCUGUGCUACCAGGCCGGUCCCAGACAUCUUGAAGAGAGACAGGGACUCUGGGCUGCUGAGCUGGCUCCUGGCAUCCUGCUCUGUCUCAAAGCAUACAUCCCAAUAUCUAACCGUACCCCAGCCCGAAAGUAUACACUUGUGCACAUAUUCACUGACUUAAAAUUAAAUGAACCCAGGCUUUUCUUCUUCAAUUAAUGUAACAGUAAGAAUAUCUUUGCCCCACCUGUGCACUCCUGCUUCUAAAGGGCAUAGAGCAAAUGUCAUGCACUAACAGCCUGUGGUUUUAUAUAUAUAUAUAUCAAAGUUCUCUUUGCAAGGAAAUGGAGUGCAUGACAGCACACUUUGGUCAGGAGCGCGCAAGUGCAUACUUAUAGGGAAGGGUGUGUGGAAGAACAGGGCGAGUUUCCAGGAGGAACGUGAAUAAUCAUCAAAUGUGGGGGUUGGGGGGUGAAAACAGAAAAACGACAUUACACAGCCAUUUUUCUGCUUCCUGCGUUGUCAUCUCUGCUCUUUUACAGUGAUGACAACAAAGGAUAAAUGAUGAAAAUGUAGCACUUUCUCAUUGAAAUAUUGCCGUCAAACUACAAAACGAUGACAGCAGUGGAAACAUCUUGAAUUGGAGAAUCUAGGGUUUGUACUCCCUCUGUCAGCCAUAUCUCUGCAGGCAACUUCAUUAGGCACUCUGGAUCUUAGUUAAAUUCCUAAAAUGUCAUGUGAGUACAAACACUAUGUUGCAACAAGGGAUAUUGUUAAUAGAAAGGGCUUUUUUCUAUCAUUGAACAUUACAGUAGCACCAAUGCCUACUUUUUUUACGAAUACAUCAAUAAGGUUUCCAGUUGGGACUCAAAUGCUACUAAAAUAGGCUUUGCAGCUGCAUAUCUUUGCAGCUACAUUUCUCAGAUCUAAAUAUUUAACAACAUGACAAUGAUAUGGGGGGAAAAAAGAUCCUUUUCACUAACUAUCCUUUCUCAGCUAGUGAAAGUUAGCUGUUAGCUAGCAGGCUCAUUUACCAAUGCAAAAGGUGUUUAUGCUAACGGCUAAAAAUAUUCAAAGUCAGAAGCUGCAACCAAAGUUGUUAUAUUAUGACACUUUAUACAUCAGGAGUAGUUGACCCCCAAAAUGGCUGUUAGAGGGCACAGCAUAACACCUUGCAAGGCCUCUGUUUUUCAAUUUAAAAUUACAUUUGCCUCUCACCUCCAGCGCCUUGUUUGUCUGUGGUUUAACAGCAAUGUACUGUACUCUGAGAAAAUCCUACAUUGGUUGAAUUAAAAGAUACUGUGUGUGUGUGUGGUGUGUGAGUGAGUGAGUGAGCGAGUGAGUGAGAUGCUUUUUCAGCCUUUUGACACAGUGACCUCUUGUGAAUAUUUAGUCAAAUUGGUGAGUUGGAUUUUUUCAUUUGCUUUUGACUCACCUUUAGUGCAAAAUUGAUUUAAAGAUUGAGAGAGAAACAUGAGACAUGUUGAUAAAACAGCCGUAGCUACACAUUUAUGCAUGGGCGGAUUGGGGUCUAUCCAGGAUCAAACACAUAACUGAGACUGUAAUUUAAACAUGACCUAAAGUCAAGUCAUCAUGACCUUAAAUAAAAUUUCAAAAGUACUGAUUUGAAACUUCUGCUCAUUUUUGUCAUGCAAAAUAGCCUUAUUUGUGACUGCUAAGCCCCAGUCCUGAUAUUUAAAGAGAAACUAUUGAGAAGAAACUUGCAAAUGCCAAUAGUUUGUUUUUCUUUUAUUUCUGUUUACCUCAAAUGUCACUCAUGUUCUGUCUGGCUAUACAUAAACACUGUGUAAUCUGUUGCCAGUUCUGCUCAGAGCUGUAUAAAGAGGUUAGACAUUGGAGAUUUUCAUUGACUGGGGCUGGAUACAGUUUAUCUUAAUAAAGCUGGGAUUUGGUGCAAGCA